AUGAAGGUUAAAAUUGAAAUGACUGGAGGUCUUGAAAUAUUGUUCAAGAAUCAAAAGAAUCAUACAUACGAAUUUAAAGAUAGAGAUACUAUGCCAUUACGUGAAUUGGUAGUUUGGAUGAGAGAUACUCAAAUUCAAGAAAGACCUGAAUUGUUUGUUGAAGAUAGUACUGUUCGUCCAGGUAUUCUUGUUUUAAUUAAUGAUGCAGAUUGGGAAUUAGAUGGAGGUAUCGAAUAUAUUGUUGAAGAUGGUGACACUUUAUCUUUUAUUUCAACUCUUCAUGGUGGAUAA